AUGCAUCGUUUUUUCCUUGAGAAAAACAAGCUAAUUCGCCAGGUGAAUGCAGACGUAAAAACCUUGUUACGUUACUUCCCAGGUGUCUCGGACGAUCUAACCACAACGACUCGUUCCCUCGUCGAGAUGAAAUCCGUACUUUACGGCUGCAUGAACGAAAUCAAAGACAUUCGUACCGACGUAGCCUUGAUAAAAUUUCACACCAUGUACCUACCGAGGAACCUGACCCGGUUGAGCCAUAUAUUGGAAAUCCGAGACAGAAUAAUACUGCAGAGAAUGAACAACGGCACUGAGACACUGAACAAUUACUACGGAAAAAUGCGAAAAGACCACAGGAAGAUCCGGAGGGAUUUAAGAAAAUUGACCGAGUUUGUCGGAAAUAUGUCCGUUGAAAUGUCCUGCCCUGCGGGUGCCCAGCCAGACGGGCAGGUGACCCCUCAGUCCGAUUUUGUGGUGACCCCUUACCCAGAUGCGACGGUGGACCCUCAUCCGGACGCGCCUGGGGCCCCUCAGCCCUCAGAUUUGCCAGCAGGUCAUCACCCAGUUCAUCCGCCUACAUUUUCCCCGACGAUCGAGCGCCAGCUCAGCACCCUGAUAUUCGGUCAAGAGCAGAUAAAAAAUAAAAUCGACGAAGGUAUGGCCAAACUGGAGGCGUCGAUCGCUCACCUCGAGAGGAAACUAGAACUGGCGUUCGCCGAUUUGAACGAGGACACCAAGCUCAUCCACGAGAGAGUAGUCAGCGACAUCGCGAAAGUGAUGCAACAGAUAUCAGAGCUGAAGGGAAUGAUGACCUCGACUACUAGUCAGCCACCACCAACCUCUCAAUCUGGUAUAAAAUUCACUGCAUUCCGCCCCAGGCAACCGCACUCCCAGCGUCGUCCAUUAAAUUUAUCCCUCCCCAAUAUAACACCCCGCCUCACCCUAGCCCAAAUAUUUAAAUUCUGGUCAGUGAUAAAAAGCGCCAGAGAGAUAUUCCAUAGAAUUCGAGAGAAGAAACCAGUUGUGGGACUCGGCGGGGCAAUCGGCAUUGGAAAGCUCAUAGAAGUUCCCGAAGGAUUUCCAGAUUACUCGGGGCUCAUGGGGGGAAUUUCGGGGCUCGCGAUGAUUCCGAACGAGGAAUUAAACAAUUUGGGUAAUUUGCUUUUGGAACUUCCAGGGAUUUUCGGUAUACCCUUACCCCCACUGUCGGAAUUACCAAAUUGGCUGGUAGAUAACGCUGGGAAACCGAUUGGCACGCCGAGACCCGCAAUGCCUGGGCUAGAUGACACGAUUGAACCAACGGUUUUGCCCACAGAAGACCCUGAAUCCUGGCUGCCCUGGCUGAUACCAGAGCCGACUGCAUCGCCUGAUGCGUUUCCCGAGACAGUUGAACAUCCUGAAAUCGUGGAUUUGGAGCCAGAUCUGCCGAUUCCACCGGCUCCAAAGCCCACGUUGCCGGCAGCGCCGGAGAUCCCUCACCUUCCCGAAAUUGUCCCGGAGCCCACGAAGCCAACGGUGCUGCAACCGGAAGCUAUUCCGGAUAUCUAUCCUACACAGGCAACUCAGCCUCCAACAGCCCCACCCACCCCAUCAGCCCCGGAACCUCCGACUCUGCUGGAGCCCAUCACCGUCCUCAAGGCAGCAGGCUUCGAGAAUCAUUGCGCCUGCUCUUGCCCCUGUGACUGCACCUGUCCAAUACUGCCAAUUGAAUUCCCGAAGACCACAUCGAUACAGUGGUGGACGAAGUUCCAUGAAUCUCGACCACGUUCUAACGCUCCGCAGUGCAAAUGUCUGUGCGCGUGUCCCUGCCCUCCACAACACACCACCAAGUCCCCUCAUGCUGUCAUGACGGAGGACGAAAUGGAUACGGAGAGACCGCCCUGGAGCCUCCAGGAGGAUGAUCCUCCCCAUUAUUACGAUGACACCAUGACUACUGAUCACUGGCAACCCCCCAUCUCUGAAUCACCAACUUCUGACGGCAAGGAUGACCAUUGCGCCACGAAAAUCGACGAUCUUUCCAGCGAAAUCAGGGAGCUCAGCGACGACUUCCAGAUGCUGAAGAUGACUGUGAGGGACGAGAUGGUCAUCACCAGGGAGGCCAUCAUGACUCAGAUGAAUGAAAAGUUCCUGGCUGUUUCGGCUGCGCUGGCUGGAACCCAUUACACCAAUGUCCUUCUUCAUUCUAAUGAUAAGAAUGCUACGGAUUAUAUCGGGGAGAUGAUGAAGGGACAGUUCACGAGGACUUAUUACACGCUGAGGGGUGUCACUGAAGCUGUCAACAGGAUGCGGGCUGCUGUUCAAACGAUGUUGAGAGCUCAUUACAACGGAAUGAUGAAUCCUGAGCCACUGUAUUACAAUCCAUAUUGGCAGAUGCGCUAUCGGCACAGAGGAAUAAGAGACCCUCUUUUUCGCAGAUCCUCGCCCGCCGAGUCAGCCAGGGAAUCGUCCCUUCCGACAGGUUUUCAUGGGGAAAAAUUAUGAGUUGUGGUGAUGAAGGAAAGAUGAGUGAGCUAUAAAAAAGGGUAUUUCGUUAUGCGCAUUAUAUUUAUAACGAAACGUAAAUGAUA